CAAACAUUAAGUUUCGUUUUUCGUUGCUGCUUUCAGUGAUGGCGUCUGCUGAUCUGAGAGACGAGCUGACCUGCUCCGUCUGUCUGAACAUUUAUACAGAACCUGUAACCCUGCCAUGUGGACACAGCUUCUGCCGAGUCUGCAUUGAGAAUGUGCUGGACACACGGGAGGUGAGAGGCUAUUCCUGUCCUGAAUGCAGAUUCAUUUUGAGGAAAAAACCUGAGCUUAAAAGAAACCAUAGAUUGUGUAACAUAGUUAAGAGUUUCCGAUUUACUAAGCGACCAGUGAUAAAGAUUGGGAUCCCCUGUACUUACUGUAUUCACUCUCCUGUACCUGCUGCUAAAACAUGUCUGCACUGUGAAUCUUCUCUGUGUGAAGCCCACCUGAAGGUUCACAGCAAGUCUGCAGAACAUGUCCUAACUGAACCCACCACUUCACUGGAGAACAGAAAAUGCUCCGUCCACAAGGAAAUCCUGAAAUAUUACUGCUCUGAGGAUGCUUCCUGUAUCUGUGUGUCCUGCAGGCUGGAUGGGGAUCAUAGGGGACACCAGGUGGAGACGCUGAAUGAGGCCUCUGAGAGGAAGAAGGAGAAACUGAGAAAUAUUCUGCAGAAACUGACCUCAAAGAGAGAGGAGGCUGUGAUAAGAGUCCACAGCCUCCUGGUGCUCAGGAGAGAAGUGCAAACAAAAGCAGGUGGGGUAACAGAGGAAGUAACUACCCUGAUUAGGGGCAUUAAAAAACAACUAGAAGCUGUAGAGAAGCGAGUCCUGCAUGAGAUCUCCAGGCAGGAAGAGCAGGUCUCACUGCAAGUCUCAGAUCUAAUCCGGCAGCUGGAAAUAAAGAAGGAGGAUCUGUCCAGGAAGAUGGGUCACAUUAAGGAGCUGUGUAACAUGACGGAUCCAUUAACUGUCUUACAAGGACGGAAAUCAGACAGAGUUGACCAUUGUGAUACUGAGGAGGGAGAUAAUGAGGACAGAGAGAGAGAUGAUAAAAAGGUCCGUGCUGUAGGGAAUCUGGAUGUGGGUCUGAUCUCAGUGACCUUACACUCAGGAUUAGCUGGGAUUGUGACCGGAGUAAAGAGACAGAGCCAUGUACCGGCUAAUAUAUUACAGGGGGUAGAAUUAGCUCCAGAUAUGAUACUGGAUGUAAAUACGGCUGCUAAUAAUGUAACUGUAUCAGGUGAUAUGAAAACUGUAUCCUGGUCAAAAAUAAUCCAGAGUCGCCCAGAAACACCAGAGAGAUUUCAGUCUGAUCAUGUUUUAAGCGCCAGGAGUUUCUCCUCAGGGCGACAUUACUGGGAAGUCGAGGGCAGUGAAUCAGAGGGAUGGACGGUAGGGAUGGCCUAUCCCAGUAUAGACAGGGAAGGAGGUCAGUCACGGCCUGGAUAUAAUAGCAAGUCCUGGGGUUUGGAGAGAAUCUGGUUGACUGAUGAUGAUUAUAAUGUGAGACAUGACAGUAAAGUAACAUUUCGGUUCUGUCACCGCCUUUCCAGCCGGAGAUUCGGGAUAUACCUGGACUACGAGGCUGGGCAGCUGUCCUUUUAUGAGCUGUGUGACCCCAUCAGACACUUACACACCUUCACUGCCACCUUCACUGAGCCGCUUCAUGCUGUAUUCGGGGUAUAUGAGGAUAAUACCUGGCUGAGGAUUUAAUGUAUUGCAUGAUUUAUUAAUCUAAUUAAAGAGAUUUAACUGAAAAUCCCAGAGUGGAAAUCAGGAGCCAAUAAUACUAAUCUGGG